AAUAUUUUGUGUGUAGAGAUUGUAGAGUUGGCCAAAAAGGCUACACAGUGUGAAUUUUCUUCGACUCUAAAAAAAAUUUUUUCAAUCAAAAAAACCUGCAAAAUCAAGUUGAAAAAAUUAUUAAAAUAAAUAAAUUCUUAUCAAAUAAACAAUAAACUAGAGUUGUAAAAUAUUUUUCAAUAAAUCUAAACACUACAAAAUACUAUAAAUAAAAAAAAUUCUUCACUCUUUUGCAAACUCUAUAAAUUCUCGCCGUGUGUGUGGAUCGAAAAGAAAAGAAAAAAAAAAAUUAAAUAUUCCUGUGACGAUCUUUUUCCUUGACUAUUUCUGUUUUUAUGUGUGCUGUCGUCGUCGUAGUCUGUGACCAGUGAGUGAGACUUCCCUCCAGAAAUACAAAAAAAAAAAAACAAAAAAUUCUUUAAAAGAUCCAAGAAUCUGGCAAAUUUCUACCUCUUCUUCGGUGGUGUAUUAUUGCUUCCUUAACCUGGCCAAUAGUAAAUCUAGAACACAAGCUAAAAAACUUGUUUAUUAAAAAAAAGCUAUGAUUUAGGUUUUUCUGUUUUUAUUAUUUUUCUUCACUUUUGUUUUAUAUUUGUUUGUUGUUUGUGUGUGCUCCACUUGGCACUCUUGUUGACUUAAAAAUUGACUAAUAAAGAAAAAGAAAAAAACAAUAUUUUUAUUUUUUUUUGGUGGGAUAAAAAGUGUUACGUAGUCUCUUCUCUUGUUGAAGAAAUAAAAGAAGCAAAACAUGGUAAAGUGGAGAGUUGAUUAGGAAGACAAAAAAAAAAAAAAAAGAGAAAUUAGAAAAAAGAAGCAAAAAAAAAAAAAACAAAAGUAUAUAAAUCUAGCCAAGCAUUUCCUGGAAACACACAAAAACAAGCAAAAAAAAAGUGUGUUUUGUACUGCUUUUAAAAAUUCUACACACACACAAAACACUCAUUCAUUAAUGCAGAAAUGAGUUACAGCCAAAAGCAGGGUCCAGGCGGUAACAGUGGCAAUGCUCCGAGUAAUCAAGCAUCGCAGCAAGCUGCUAAAGCACUUGCUGGCAUUCAACAGCAAAUGCAAAAUUUAGUUCACGGCCAAAAUGCUUUACCACAAUCGUCACAAGCUGGUCUAAAUGCCUUCUUAACUCAACAGCAUUAUGAAAUGCUUAAACAACAGCAACAACAGUUGCUUCUGUCUAAUCCUCAGUUGCAACAACGUUUCCAACAACAAAUGCAACAGAGUAAAGAUCGUGGAGAACCUCUAGCGCUGACUAGAACUCCAGCUGCAGCUGAAUUGCUUAAUAAGACUUACCAACAACAUCAUCAGCAGCAAUCGAAUGGUAAUAAUGCAUCGGCACCAUCUCUGGCUACUGUCAAUCAGUUUCAGCAGCAAAUGCAAGCUGCUAAUUUGAUGCAACAGCUACAUGCAUAUCAGUUGCAGUUUCAGCAACAGCAACAACAACAGCAGCAACAACAACAACAGCAACAACAACAACAUCAUCAACAGCCACAGCAAUCGCAUCACCAGCAGCAGUCUGCCCAUCAGAUGCAACAAAAGAGUCAUGCCCAAUCGGCUCUUGGCAAUUCUUCAUCAUUGCAAACUAGCAAACAGCAACACAAUCAGCAAAUGCAACAGUCUCAAUACUCGCAAAAGUAUAAUAUGCCAACUGCAGCUCAUAGCAAGUCGUCGUUGGGUGGAGUUGGUAUUCCUCCGCCGCCGCCGCCCACAGCUCUAGCCAAUCAAUUGAAACCACCAAAUCUUCCUCCCAGCACUCAGAUAACACCGAUUCCAUCACCUCAACAUGCGGCGGCCAACAAUAACCUUUCAUCAAAAGGUUCUUCAUCGUCGUCGUCGGUUAACAAACAGGUGCCACCUUCGAUUUCUCUUUUGCCAGCUAAACAGCCGCCGGUGUCGGUGUCGUCGUCGUCACUUCCGAAUGCACCAGUUGCGGCUCAUUUGCAUCAUCAUUUGCAAAAUAAAGUGCCGCCAAUUUCGAUUCCCAAUCAAUAUAAUAAUCCAGUAGCAGGGAAUAAAGGUCCAUUGGUGAGUGCGAUUCCUCCGCCAUUUCCUUCGCAUUAUCAAAAGAUGAGCAGUCAACAAGCACAGCCUCAGCAGCAACCAAUGCAACAGCAGAAUACAACAGCGAAUUCUUUUGCUGCUGCUGCAGCAAUUCAUGAGGCGGUAGAGGCAAAAUUGCAAACAAGUGCUGUGCCAUUGACCAAACAGCAGCAACAACAACAUCACCAUCAGCCAACACCAACAUCAGCAGCACCACCACCGGCACCGCCAUCAUCGUCGAGUAUGGUUUCUAUGUCAAGUAGUAGUUCACCAGCUAAGGCACCUGUAAUGAGUCAAGCUAAUCAACAAAAACAAGCUGCUCCUUUGAUACCUUUGUUGCCACCUGCACCGGUUAAAGAGACAAUUGAUAAUGUAGUUAAAGUUACACCAUCGCCACCAGUAGCAGCACAAGUACCGACAUCACCUGCGGCAGCAGUGCUUCCAUUGCAUGUACCAGAAGCGAAGGUGAAUACACCUGAUCCAGUACCGUUGACAAAGAAAUCAAUUGAAUCAGAUGAAAAGAAUUCGGUUGAAGCAGUAUCUCCUACUCGGGCAGUAAAUGAAGCUAAAGCGCCAUCACCACAGCAGCAACAACCAGCAGAAAUAAAGAAUGGCGGGAAUGUUGAUGAGGAGGUUAAGGAAGGCGGCUCGGAGCCAGCUUUGCCUGCAACCACAAAAAUGUCUACUCCAGAAGUUGCUCCAGUUGAAACGUCGACUGCAACUAUUGCACCAAAGGAGACAAAAGAUGCCAAGCCAGAUGAAGACAAAAAUAUUAAAGAUGCUAAUUUGAAGUCCACCGAAAAAGUGGAAACUCAACCCAUUGCACCAGAAGCACCAGUUGCCGAGAAAAAGAGCUCAUCGCCCUUAACCGAAACACCACAUGACACAUCUGAUGAUAAAUCUAAGCCUUCAGUUGAAGAAGAAAGUCCAGCAAGUGAUCUCUCAUCAACAGAAGUUAAUAAAUCCAAUGAUACUUCAAAUAAUACAUCAUCUUCGGGCGAUGAACAACAACAACAACCAGCCACUGCAGAAGCUGUAAUCCAACCAGAAAAGUCAGCAGAUGAACUACAAUCUGAGAAGAGAGAAGAACCAAUAGAAAUUCCUUCAAAAGAGGAAGAUAAAAAUGAUACAAAAGUAUCAGAUGAAGAAAAAGUUUUAGAAAAACCAGAAGAAAAAUCUGAAAAGCUGGAAACAGUCGAGAAAACUGAAACACCUCCUGCGACUAAGGUUGAAAAGAACGAUAAAAAAGAAACUGAAAAACCUGAGAAGGAGAAGUCCGAAAAGCCAGCUGCUAAAGCUAUUCAAUCGGAAAAGCCAUUAACAAAAUCAAAAACACCAAGGCAAUCGAAGGCUGUUGCCGCUGCAGCAAUUUUAGCCGAAGCAACACCUGAAAAGAAAAAAGAUUCAUCUGCAGUUAAAUCAAAAACAAAAACAGAAAAAGAAGUCACUCAUUCUUCACCUUCAGCAAAAACCGAAAAACAUGACAAGAAAAAAAAUCAAACUAAAAAAUCAAAGGCUUUGCCAUCAACGCCGUCUACGCCUAGCGAUCGUAAGAGUCAACGUCAUCGUCUAAAAACCAUUCUCUAUCAAAGUCCCCUGCCGGAGUUAGCGUUCAUAACAAAAUUGUCGGCCAGCGAAGCUUCAAACUCACCCAAGCCGCAUAUGUCCAACGAGGACAAAUUGAUAGUGUUCUACAAGAAUGAAUAUAUGGCAGUACGCAAUGCUGAAGGCAGUUUCUUCCUUUGUCAGACUUUGCAAAACGUCUAUCGAUCUUCGCCUCGUAUAACCAUCCGAUGGUUGUCCGAGGACAAGAAGGAUAACACUGUUUUUAUACCAGACUUUUACGAUCACACUGAUAUUGAAUGUGUCUUGACGACUGUGGACUUGAAGAAAAUUGAAAAGGGCCAUCUUAGAUUGCCUCAGACCGAAAAAGUUCGCAUUGAGAAUAUUUUGAAAAAAGCAAUAGACGUUGAGCAAGGAAUAGUCCCCCGACCCGAUGUUACCGAAGAAAAUCCUGAUGGGUUGGAUAUUUCGCUUUACAAAGACGAAUCUCAAAUAGAAAAGAAAUUAUCUCUGAGUGGAGGAAGUGCUAGAAAGAGGGGUCGUUCUUCAAGAAGCCGUAAUCAAAGCAAAAAUAAGUCACCAACUAAGAAAAAGAAAUCGGUUUUGGUGACCAAAAAGAAGAGGAAAAAUUAUGACGGUAGUGAUAGCAACACAACCGACGAAGAAAGUGAUGAAGAUGACGACGAUGAUGAUGAUUCCGAUGUCGAUAUGGAAUACAAACCUAGUAGUGGUCGCAAAAAAUCAGUUUCCAGCAAUACUGCACAAAGCACCAAGUCGCUGAGGGCUCAGAGAUCGCCAUUAGCUAGGGCGCGAGCAGUUUCUCCAUUAACCCCAACCUCGUCCAAAUCGAAAACAUCCGUGCCUGAAAAGACCGAAACCCCUGCAACAGCGUCUUCAGUGAUUAGUAGAGGCGAUAGAGCCCUUAAGCGAAGAGCAAUCGAAGGUACAUCACCUGAUGGUCAAACAAAAAAAUCCACGGCCGUAACUCCUGUUAAAACAGCUAAAGCAGGAGGAGAGAAAAGUUCUAGCUCCACCAGCAAAACCGAAGAGUCUUCAGCCGAGGGAUCUCCAAAAGUGGUAAAUAAAACAUCUGCAGUGACAUCAACUUCAACCAAAAAGAUUAAAACUGCAGCAGUUACCGUUACCACAACACCAUUAACUUCAACACCAACAUCAACAUCAACACCUUCAACGUCUGGAACUCGACCAACCAGAAGUCGAAAGUAAAAUUAUAGCAUUUUUCUAGCCUUUCCCUCCGUUAUAUCAAUUCCCCCCAAUAUAAGAAUAGCCACAUGUAGAACAACUUUAGUACCCUAACACACACACAACCAUUACAUUACAUACAAAUGUAACACUCUUUUAAAGAUUUUAGGAAUAUAGAAUUUAGAUAAGAAAAAAAAAAACAAAAA